CAUGGCGGGGAGAGGUCUCGUUGAAUGAGGGGGAGUUGUCGUCAUGGACGUGUAGCGACGCUCAAAAGAAGAAGGAGGAGGUGCGGGUCUCUGCUCCAGUGAGGGAGGAGGCGAUAGGCUACCUUUGGAUGGAAGCAUGUCACGAGCGCCGGGCCUUGCGACGAGAGCAUCAGCGUAAUUCACGGCGGCGAUAAACGGCUCUGAGGCAUACAGAAAUGGGUGGUCAGAUAACGCGAAAUGCUUUGUACGACUCCCUCGGUGGGCCCUUCCCAUCCACAUCCCACCGCUGUCACCACAAACCCAAGAGAUGUUUGCCUAUCCAGUGUGGUAGUGUUGGGGGUCCCCUUCCAGCCAGCCCACUUCUCUUUCACCCUAAUGCUAAAGGUUCCCAAAUUGUCAUGGACCUUGCCCAAAAGAUAGUCAAGAGGCAAGGAAGUUUCUGCAAUGCCAUCACCUUCAGCAACAGGCCCAUAGCCUUGUAUGAGCAGGUCCGCCUCAAGAUUACUAAGAAACAAUGUUGUUGGAGUGGAGCUCUGCGUCUGGGGUUUACGUCCAAAGAUCCGUGCAGGAUCAACCCGGACAACUUGCCAAAAUACGCCUGCCCAGACUUGGUGUCUCAAAGUGGCUUCUGGGCAAAGGCUCUACCUGAAGAGUUUGCCAACGAAGGCAAUGUUAUCGCCUUUUGGGUUGACAAGAAGGGCCGUGUUUUCUACCGCAUAAACGAGUCCACCCCCAUGCUGUUUUUCAGCGGAGUCAGAACCACAGAGCCCCUCUGGGCUCUAAUUGAUGUUUAUGGUCUGACCCGCGGGGUGCAGCUGCUAGACAGUGAGAUUGUUCCCCCUGACUGCCUGCGCCCACGCUCUUUCACAACAGUGCGCUCCUCCUCUCUCCGCCGUGAGGCUGACGACUCCCGUCUAUCCGUCAGCCUGUGCGACCUCAACCUUCAGCAGGAGGACGGAGGCAGCUCCCACUCACACCAUCACACGCUCCACCUGGCGUCAGCCUCCUCAACCUGUCCCAUCCCCCAGAACUCCCUCAACUCACAGCAAUCAUCUUUGCUGCCGUCUGCCCUGGAGAGUGAUCUCCACUUCCACCAGUUGCGUGGCGCCCAUAUUAAGACUCUUGAUGAACAGACUGUGGCAAGAUCAGAGCAUUCACGGGAGGAGCGCACUUUAGUUUUCACCAACCGCCCCCUCCAUAUCGGAGAGUGUGUGUACAUCAAAGUCACCAAGUCCAGUCCAGCCCGCUCAGGCUCCCUGUCCUAUGGUGUGACAUCAUGUGACCCAGCUGUGCUGCGCCCCAGUGAUCUGCCAUAUAAUCCAGAGGCUCUAGUCGACAGAAAGGAGUUCUGGGCAGUGUGUCGUGUGCCCACCCCUCUACAGAGCAGUGACAUCCUAGGCUUCUUGGUCAACCAAGAGGGAGAGGUCAUCUUAAGCCACAAUGGCACCAAUGUCGGCAUGCAAGUCUGUGUGGACAACUCACGCCCACUCUGGAUGUUCUUUGGUCUACAUGGUGCUGUCACUCAGCUAAGAAUUCUGGGCUCCACUCAUGUCGGAGACAGACGGGCCGGGUCGAACCCCAGUUCGCCUUCUUCGUCACCACACACUCCAAGUGCCCUGUGCAGCGGCAGCUCAGAUCCCGUCCUCAACCGAGGCAUGUACUCGGCUUCUUACUGCAGCUCAGCGGGGGGAACAAGUCCUAAUUCUCCAGUCAGCCUGCCUAAGUCACCUACGUUCCCAUCGGACCGCGGGCCUCGCUCUGACGAGUGCUCAAUCUGUUACGAGAACACAGUGGACACUGUCAUUUAUGCGUGUGGACACAUGUGUCUUUGUUAUAACUGUGGCCUGAAGCUCAAGAAAAUGUCCAACGCAUGCUGUCCCAUCUGCAGAAGACAGAUCAAAGACAUCAUCAAAACCUACCGAAGUACAUAAGAGCACAUGGUGGAAGCGCAAACUGCCAGAGAUGAGGGAAGGGUUCAAGGGGAAAUCUUGAUACUUUUGAUAAUCUAUCACACUUUCUGUUGCUUGAGUCUGCAACAUUACUCAUUCAGGUACGCUACUGCUGACACGUGGUCUCAUGCAGAAGUCAACAGAUACAGUACAUGCCACAAGUGUUAACCCCCCCACCCCCUCAGGAGACUUCAUAAUAGAAGGCAACUACUAAAACAAUUUCAUCCAAGAUUGCAUUUGUUGAGCCGUGCUGCCACGAUGCAGGGACUGUGCCGAAACCGCCCCCCCCCCCCAACCCCCCUGGGCUGAAUAUUUCAACAAAUCUUUUAAGGACGCGGCACAGAACUCAGUCAACCGCAUGUGUACAUUCUGUCUGACUGAGCCAGUGGAAACAAGCACAACGUUUCAUAUAAGUCAUCUCGCUAUCUCACAACUCGAGUUUAUACUUGGAGAUAGAUGAGUCGGGCUCCAGCAACGCACUGAUGAAAUGAUGACUCAUUGGUGCUGCUAAUCAGUGGUGACAUGUUUAGGAACGGUGCUGACUGUAAUAAGGACUCUUUUUAUCUACUGUAUCUUUAUGGUAGUUCUACGUACUUCAAAUGUUGGUGGUAAGUAUGUUGUGCUAGAUAGCUGCUUGCUCUACAAUGUGGUGUGUUGCGCUGAAAUUGGCAUCUUCAUGGAAAUGCCCCAUUCGCGUGAGACGAUUAAAGAACGCUCAUAGGUUUAAGCCUCCGCAGCUCACAAUUCUUAAAAAAACACAACAGGGAGUGGAUUCUCAGGGCCAAUAUUUUUUUAGGGGGGUUUAUUUGUAAGACGUAAAGACUCUUUUCCCAAACUCUAGUCAUAACUGCCUGAUGCACUGUGAGUAAUCCUGACAUUCACAUCUCCUUAAAAAUAGCUCUGUACGAACAUGUGAAGUCGGGGGAUUGUUGCCAUGGUAUCAGAAGGCAGUACAGUUACGACACAGCGGCCUUAACCAGCGUUUGUUACAAACCGAUGUUUCUGCAAGAAGGAAAAUUACCAAAAAAAUACUCUUGUGUGACUCAAAGCAGUUACAUUUUAUACUCAGUGGAGGAAAAAGAGCACACAAAAUGUUAAUUAUUUUUAUAAAUACGCAGAAGCUCCCAUAUUAUAUUAACAUAUCUUCUUAUCUUUGUGACAGGUUUUCACCAGCAGCAAAGAGCCUUUAUAGAAAUUAAGUUAUUGAAUGAUACCUCUCCCACACUCUCAUUCCAAUGUAUUCUUCGCAAAUCAUUUAAAUGGGGCUCAAAGCUUUGCUGCUAUUGUAUUUGCCAGCUGUCCUUUUCCGGUAAAUGCUGACAAUGGUUAGCUCGGUUCCACACGUCCCUCCACAGUCCGUGCUACUGCUUGAAUGAAGUGUUGAAUCACAUUUGAAUGUUAAUUUAUGUAUUUAGAAUAAAUUAUUGUAUUUUUUAAUGUUGUGGUCAAGUUAAAAACAGUCUGUUACUUCUAGGAUUGUUUAGAUUGACCCCCUUCCUAUCAUUGUUGGGAUUAAUAGUUUUGGUAUUAGUCUGUUUUCUUGAUCUCAACAUUUAAAUGUAUUCUAGUUUUGUAAUAGUACAAAUGGUUUGUUGUACUUUGCUGAAUUGUUGUUCAGAGUUGCAGGAUAUAAAUUUGUAGGUUUAUUACAAUCUCUUAUCCUUUUUUUCUCUGCAAUAUAUUGUGCAUAAACUGACGUUACAGUUGAGUCCAUCCCACAUAGAGCUCUUAUUUUGUGUUAAAGACAUCACUGUGUAUCACUUGUUUGCUGGAGAUAACUGUCACGUCAAGCAAUUGAUUGUAAAUCUGCAAUUGUUCAGGCCCUCAUUUCAGUCAUGGCAUGUUUGGUAUUGUUCGCUCUGACCAAAUCUACACUUUAGUAAAUUCAUCUGCAUUGCAUUCAAUGUAUCAAGACAACGUCAUACUUUUUGGCACCUUUUUUUGGCUGACAUAUUCUGUUUCUCAACUAUUUACGUUUGUAUUCAAAAUGUUCAAAUGGCUCCUUGAAUGUUACUGACCCUAUAAUGUGGUUAUCCCAUCACUCAUGUGAGGGCUCUGAUUUUGCUUUUUUUUUUAAAGUUCUGUUUGGCGUGUUGCAGUUUUUAUAAUGCUACUGUAUGACUGUGUGUGUGUGUGCGUGUGUGUUCAUUACACCACAAUUAAAUUGUCGCUAUGGAUUUUGUGUCAUGUGUGACUGAUCUGUUUACCUCAUGUAAAGUUCAGGACCAACAAUAGACGAGCACUUAUGAAUGUGCAUUUUUAUCCCUCUCAGUUUUGCCAUAGUUGUGACAAGAGCAACAUUCUGAAGUAAUUGGUUAGCUUCUUUUUUCUUUCAACUCAGUUCAAUGUAUUGGGUGAAAUUGUUCAAUAAACUUUCCAUAUGUGCUUGUGGAAAA